AGGCUCCGCCCUCCUCAAGAUGGCGCUGCACUCAAUGCGGAAGACGCGUGGGUGCUGGAACCUCAUCCGGGCAUUUCACAAAGGACCCGAAGCUGCUCCUGCUCCCCAGAAAGAUGCCGGGAGGCGAGUUUUCUCUGGCAUUCAGCCUACAGGAAUCCCCCACCUCGGCAACUACCUGGGAGCCAUUGAGAGCUGGGUGAGCUUACAGAAUGAGCCUGGCUCCGUGUUGUACAGCAUCGUUGACCUACACUCCAUCACUGUCCCCCAAGACCCAGCCGUCCUUCGGCAGAGCAUCUUGGACAUGACUGCAGCUCUUCUUGCCUGUGGCAUAAACCCAGAGAAGAGCAUCCUUUUCCAACAAUCUCAGGUGGUUGAACACACACAAUUAAGUUGGAUCCUUACCUGCAUGGUCAGACUACCCCGAUUGCAACAUUUACACCAGUGGAAGGCAAAGACGGCCAAGCAGAAGCACGAUGGAACGGCGGGCCUGCUCACGUACCCGGUGCUCCAGGCCGCUGACGUUCUGCUCUACAAGUCCACACACGUUCCUGUUGGGGAGGAUCAAGUCCAGCACAUGGAGCUAGUUCAGGAUCUAGCACGAGCGUUUAACAAGAAGUAUGGGGAGCUCUUCCCGGUGCCCAAGUCCAUUCUAACAUCGAUGAAGAAGGUAAAAUCCCUCCGUGAUCCUUCUGCCAAAAUGUCUAAAUCAGACCCAGACAGACUGGCCACGGUCAGAAUAACAGACAGCCCAGAGGAGAUAGUGCAGAAAUUCCGCAAGGCGGUGACGGACUUCACCUCCGAGGUCACCUACGACCCGGCCGGCCGCGCGGGCGUCUCCAACUUGGUGGCCAUUCACUCGGCAGUGACGGGCCUCCCGGUGGAGGAGCUGGUCCGCCGGAGCGCGGGGGUGGACACUGCUCGCUACAAGCUGCUGGUGGCCGACGCCGUGAUUGAGAAAUUUGCUCCAAUUAGGAGCGAGAUUGAAAAACUGAAGACGGACAAGGACCACUUAGAGAAGGUGUUACAAGUUGGGUCAGCAAAAGCCAAGGAAUUAGCGUAUCCCGUGUGCCAGGAGGUGAAGAAGUUGGUGGGGUUUCUAUAGGACAUUUCAACUGAUCACACAAAAGCUUUUCUCUUUUGUGGCCUGUGCACUUGGGCAAAGGCAGCUUCCCUCCCGAGCAAACACGGACAGUUCGGGACGUUUCGUUUGGCGUACCUGACACCGGAAGAAGGGUCUCCUGAGCAGUGUUCUAGAUCCCAUCAGCAAGAUGCUGUGGCCGGAGAAAACAAAGACGGCAUAGCUUUCUGAACUCUCAGUGUUUGAGGGACAGUCCUUGGCCUGAAUUUAUCUACAGCUGUGAUUGAGGUGAGCAGCGAUUUGGCAGAUGGGGGUAUAUCUGUGCCUCUCUCAAGCGCCUACUAUCACAGGUGAUCACUUUGCCUGUCCCAACCCCUUUGUAGUAAUAUGCAGAAGUCUCAGACUUAUAAUCCUUGGGAUGCCAUUUGGACCAACUUGUAUUCAGAUCUCAUAAAAAUAAAUUGAUUAUUGUAAUGCGUUUGACACUGA